AUGGCCAUCCCAUCAUCGCGGCUGGACUGCGCCUGCCUCCAUCGGACAGCUUCAAGGCGCCUUCUUCCCGGCAUUCUCCUUGAUUGUUGCCUUGGGUUUCCAUCCCUCUCCACUGCUUCUACAUCAUCAACUACCAUCGUCACUCCGAACUGCCGUGCGAUCGACAAACGCGCCACCGACAUCUUGUACACUAGUCAAACCAUCAGCCGCAACAAUAUUGAAACACCACACCAACAUCCUCAUGCGAUAUUUGCUGGUCCAGUCCGCGGAAGGUAUCUAGCUCAGUUAUGGACCAGGCUACAGAUAUCUUUUAUGAUCAAAGCUAAUGUCCGUUUCAGUCUCUCUAGAAUAAUUCUUUGGCGAAUCCAUCGACCCGUUAAAAUGAACAGAAACGCCCAGGAUGCAGUGCUAGAUAGGCCGCCUCAAGAGCCUGUACCUAAAGUCAGGCAAUCACAAGACCUCGAUAGCCCCAGGGAGCACCAGCAGAACAUCGACACACUCGAAGAAGUUGCCAGCGGCCGUCGUCAGAUGUACGUCAGUGAAAUCUGGCUCGAUUUAGAAUUAGAGGAAUAUGCUUACGCCAAAUACUACGUGGAAGAGGACACCGCAGAGAGAUCUUACAACAAUGAAAUUUUUGACAUCCACAUGAAGUCUCUCUUGAGAACGCUUUCGGGAUGGCAACUAAGUUAUGGCGACGAAGAACACUCUGGCAUUCAUCUCCGCUUCAGUGCCAUGUCGCCCAACGACACAACUCACCAAUUCUGGCCAUGGGAUAAUGGUCCUUGCCCCAACGAGCGCUACCUUAGCCUCGGACCCGCUGCCCUCUUGGGGGCAAGAAAGCGUACUAUAGGAAAUCUUCUCGACUUUCAGAACGGAAACUCCGCAUCAAGCUUGACGAGCCUUACUGAAACUGAAUUCCCUGUGAUCUCGAGGGUUCCGAUCGUCAAAAAGUUCAGUGUUAGGGACAUACGCUAUCGAAGUCUUACAGGAGACGCCAUUCGGUUUCUUCUGAUGAGCUUGAAUAAUUUGGAGGCCGUUGACUACACACCUUGGCUGGGUAUUGACGAGAUAGAGAAGUCCCGGCGAUGCAGUACAAAAGUGGCUCUACUUGAAAGUCUUCCGCCUACAGUGAAGAGAGUCAAGUUAUGGGAGACUCGGCAUGACAAGUUCCAUGGGUCGAUCGACGAGCCGGGUCCUAUUCGCCAUGUUGCUCGGGCUGCCGCACUGGCAUGCUCUCGUCUAGUUUCCUUCAGCUCGCGGUCUGUGCUGAACGCCGCACACUUCUUCGAUGAAGUUAUCCAACUCCAUGCCGUCGAUGAUGGAACAUCCCGACCGGUAAAAGUCUCUCGUAGCGGUGGCCCUCACGUCUUCCAUCCGCUGUCCAACGCAUAA